UAGGAUUAGACUGAGGGAAUCCUUUCCCUGUUCCCAAAGCAUGCCUAGAUAGGCUUUACUGUGUUUCCCCUCUUUCUAUCCUGUUUACGUCACAUCCCUUACUUUGAUGUUAGUAGAAAUGUGAAUCUUCAGGGACACUAACUUCCCAUUGGUCAGAAUGUUUUAUUGCCCCAAUAAACUGGACCAUGAGGUCGGAACCAUUUUGGUUCAGUCUCUUCCUCUUUGUCCUUCAAGCUUAACAACAGCAUCUUGCUGUCCCUCCAGGCAAGAUGUGACUAGAUGUUUGUUAUUUUUACCUUUUCUUAUUUACGUUUCACUUAUCCAUGGAAUUUUGGGAAAUUUUCAAAGUUUUUAUAAAGAACUUUUUUUAUAAAAAAAAAACUACAAGAGCUAGCUCCUUGAAUUCUCUAUACAAUGACACAAGAUAACAAGAGACCACUCUCCCCAACUUUCACACACACACACACACACAUACACAUAACACACCAUAACACCUAUCUCAUUGAAUGUCUGUCAUAUUAACCAAUAGAAUUUCCAUUUAGGGAUUUCUUCGCUGAAAAUGAAACUGACUUUGGGAGACUUCCGAGGUUUACAAAAUGCAAACAAAAAAGUAUUGGAAAAAUGUCAAGAUGACUACAAAGCAGUCUCAGCAAGUGACCAAAAAUUCAGCAUUUCUGAGGAAGGAAGUGAUAAAAAAUCCAACACUUCUAAGGAAGGAAGCGAUCAAAGCUUUGGCAGCACUGAGGAAGCAAGUGAGAAAGAUUCCCAUAACUCUGAGGAACGUACAUCAUUGUGUUCAUCCAGCAGUUCUGGCAGCACCGAAACAGGAAGCUAUCAAAGCUUCGGCAGCACUGAGGAAGCAAGUGAGAAAGAUUCCCAUAACUCUGAAGAACGUACAUCAUUGUGUUCAUCCAGCAGUUCUGGCAGCACCGAAACAGGAAGCUAUCAAAGCUUCGGCAGCACUGAGGAAGCAAGUGAGAAAGAUUCCCAUAACUCUGAAGAACGUACAUCAUUGUGUUCAUCCAGCAGUUCUGGCAGCACCGAAACAGUGUAACUGGCGCUCCAUGCAGUCAUGCCAGUGGCCACAUGACCUUGGAAACGUCUACGGACAACGCCGGCUCUUCAGCUUUGAAACAGAGAUGAGCACCAACCCC